ACAGAGUACCCAGGUCGGCUCAAUCAUCUAUCACAACCCCCAACACCCCGAAUCCUGCAGACACAGGUCAUCCAUUGGCCAACAUCGUUUAUCAGCCGAAGCCUACCGGAUUCGUUAGUGUUUCUACUCCAAGUAAUCUGUUGACGACAAAGAUGACUUCCGAAUAUCAGCCGCAUUAUAUCACGCCACAGAACUUUGCUGAUUACGAACAGCAAGAAUAUUUCAACGAACAGCGAAAAGAACAUCAAACAAUACAGCACCAGCCUUAUCGGACAGUCCAGUUGGUUUUCCCUAAAGCCAAACCAAGGCAUGAUAUUCCGAUAGGUUCCUACUUAAGACACGUUCAUGACCCAGUUGAGAAUAAAUCCUUCUCGCCAACCAACCGUGUAAACGAGGCGAAAAUGAUGGCUAAGUUAAAGGAAUCUGCGAAAAUCGCGGGAUUGUCUCAUGUCACAUUGAAUCCUGGUCGAACACCGACUUCUGAUUCGGGGAUAUCCAGUUCUGUCUCGGGUCCCAAUGUUUUACAUCAUCAGUACAAUACACCCAUAAAUAUGUACUCUAAACAGACUGUAGCCGAUACUCUGCAAGGCCAAACUGGAAUUCACAUUGGUCAUACUAGUUCAGGCAUCAAGCCCGGCACGAAGAUCCAGACCGCUGCUGACAUCACCCUGUCUCCCACAUAUAUGCUCCUACAAGAAGAAGAGGGGGGAGAAGCUGAUCUAAAAGCACAUAAGCCGAUUCAUCAAGAACUCUACGUGAUUCCUCCUUCUAAGAAUUACGGCAUUAAUGCUUUUGGCAUGCCCAAAGAUAGGAUUAACCAGUCCGGUAGUUUUAAUAAGUUAAUGACAACUCUCAUUACUAGCCAGAAAGAUUAAUAAAUGAAGUCACGACAUAGAGGAUCAGAAGUUCUAAGUUAAUUUGCUUUUCUUUUUUUUUAAAGAUUUCAAGUGUUGUUUUAAUUUAACGGCACUAACCCCUGCAGUAAUAUUUUUGUCAAAAUGAAGCACUGCACUUGCUGUAUAUGAUUUGCUUUGUGGAUGGUUCUUAAACGUGAUACUUUCACACUCAACCUAUUCCCCAUUCCCUUGAAUUUAUCAUCUUCCCCUGUUAUUAGCUUCGAGACUUAUUAACGUUAAAAUUUGGUGUCCGCUCAUUGUGAAGCUUUGCACUAAAAUAAAAAGCAACAAAACAUUUUAAAAUCAUCAAAUACUUUUGUUAUACGCAUUUUCCUUAAUAUUCUAUAUGUUGCUUUAAAAAAAAGAAAAUCAAAGUGCUAUUAUUUAGUAGAUAAAGCUAUUAAAAUGUUAUCAAUUUUACCGUAAAGUUACGUAAUUGUCCACGAAAACAUUUAAGACUGGUUUUGUUUCAUGUUUUCUUCAAGAAUUUGAAAAGUUUAGAGUAAAAUGUAAAGGAAAUUUAUAAAAAUAACGCUAUCUUAGACGGAGAUAACACUACUAGUUUUUGUCAUGCAAAACCCAGACUUAUGAGAAUACACUCACUUACUUUAAUGGUAGUUUAUCACUUUCUAACAUAUUUGCUUUGAUAUCAUCCACCUUUAUGCAAAAAAAUAAACAAACGAGGCUUAUGUCAUAGCAUUCUUGACAUUAGGCAAUGUCUCUGAAUGACCGGAUCUGAUGAAUCAGUGUAAUGAAUCGGUGUUCCGCUUUCUGAUAGCCUAGCCAGACUAACUUAAAUGCAAAAAAAGUUUGAAGAUUAGAUGUUUAUAAUGACUUGAAUCAUGUCAAGCUCUUUUUUUUUAAUUAUGCAAAUGUGUUCAUUGUUUAACAACACUUAAUAAAAAGAAUGGUUUGGAAAAUAUUUAU